CUAAAGAAACAAUAAUAAUAAAAAAAUGCAGAAACAUAAGACUGGAGCUAGCUUCAUUAGCGCUAGCUGCAUUAGUGCUAACGCGGAGUUGUUUGGUAUCUCGUUAGCUUACAGUCUGUUUGUAGCUGUUAGCUAAGAUCAAAAGGACAGUAUGGCCACCACAGUUGCUGUCAGUCCCAGUGAAUAUCUUCAGCCUUCAACUACCACCUCUCAAGAUUCUCAGCCCUCACCUUUGGCCCUCCUGGCUGCCACUUGCAGUAAGAUUGGCCCGCCUGCUGCCCAAGCUCCAGCCAGCACUCCUCCAGCCCAGCCAACCACGCGCCGCCUUCACCCCAUCAAACCAGCUCCCAUUGCACCGGCACCACCCAAAAACCUGGGCUUUCUCUCAGCGAAAGGAAAUAUCAUUCAACUCCCUGCAGGUGUAGGUUCUUCAGGAACUAGUCCUAUCCUCUUAACUAUCCAGCCCCAGACUCGCCCAGCUGGUACAACUACUGCAAACAUUCAGUACCAGGUGGUUCCCCAGAUCCAGGGAGCUCAGACCAUUCAGAUGGUACCCCAGGGUGGACAGAUCCAGAUCAUCCCUGGGACCAACCAGGCUAUCAUCACCUCACCUGUUACAAUGCAGGCAGCUACUCCAGCUCCUGCACAGAAGACAGUACCCAUCAAGCCAUCAACGCAAAAGCGGAGGCAGAACAAUGCCACCGUUACUCCCACCGCUAACAUAGUGCGUUUGCCUAGUGGACUUGCUCUGCCACUCAAUGCUGCUACGGGUGAAGUAGGUGCAACUCAUAUCGUCACAGAGUCUGCAGCUGCCUCACCUCGGCCAGUAAAGGGAAAGAGGGGGCGGAAGAGACUGGCUGCUGUAGUUCCUCCUCUUCCUGCUCCUCCACCAGCUUCACCGCCACCUAUUGCUGAACAGGUGGAAACAGUGCUGAUCGAAACAACAGCGGAUAACAUCAUCCAAGCAGGGAACAACCUCCUGAUUGUGCAGAGUCCAGGAGGGAGCCAGCCUGUGGUACAGCAGGUGCAGUUGGUUCAGCAGAAAUCAGAUCAACAGGUGGUGCAGAUACCACCUCAGGCUCUAAAAGUGGUACAAGCUGCCUCUGCAACACUCCCUCCUGUGCCCCAGCGAGUGCCAGCCCCCCCCACUGUGCAGGUGGCUCCCUCAGAACCCACACAGGUACUAAUUAAAACAGCUUCAGGUGAAUGGCAGGCAGUACAGCUGCAGGAGACCAUCGUAACCACUCCAACUACGCCAACCACCACUCCCGUCACGCAGGCUAUGGUGAGUAAGAAAGCCCAGCCGGGGGCACGGAAAGAGAGGACCCUUGCCAAAAUUGCUCCUGCUGGUGGUGGUCUAAUAACGCUUAAUGCAGCACAGCUCACUUCAGCAGCUCAAGCUGUGCAGACCAUUAAUAUCAACGGGGUUCAAGUACAAGGAGUUCCCGUAACCAUCACCAAUUCAGGGGGACAGCAGCACCUGACGGUACAGACAGUUCAGGGAGGUGGGCUUCAACUGGGCAGCAUGCAGACACAGGAGCAGCCACUGAAGGUGGAGCAGACACUUACGCUCGAGCUACAGAGCCAGCCAGGAGAGAAGAAACGACGCAUGGCAUGCACCUGUCCCAACUGCAAAGAUGCUGAGAAAAGGCCAGGUGAGGUUGGGAAGAGGAAGCACAUCUGCCACAUAGUAGGUUGUGGGAAGACCUUCCGGAAGACAUCCCUGCUGCGAGCCCACGUGCGUCUGCAUACGGGAGAGCGGCCUUUCACCUGCAGUUGGGUCUUCUGUGGGAAGAGCUUCACACGCAGUGACGAACUGCAGAGACAUGCCAGGACACAUACAGGAGACAAGCGCUUUGAAUGCUCAAAGUGUCAGAAGCGAUUCAUGCGGAGUGACCACCUCACAAAGCAUUACAAAACUCACCUGAACACAAAGAACUUGUGAACACACUGGCUGAAGGUUUUAAAAACUCUUAAAUAAAACCUUUCUGUGGGAAGGAGCAGGGUUUGAGUCGGGGUGUUAAUGGCGGAAAAUCCCUCGCCUCAUCCAAAUCACACACAUGGUGUGUUGUAGCCCAGGCCCUGUGGCGUAGUCCAUCAGGACAAGUCCACACUCCUCUCGUUUCUCAUUUUCAACUCAUCCGCUUUGUCAUAGGAGGGCUGGCCAUGUGUCUUACUUGAGGUUCCAGAAAGCGACACCGGAUGCAUAGUUUGAGUUUUAGACGGAAACAGAAAGUGUUUCACAUGCAUCUCGGAUAUGAAGUGCAACUCCAACAAGUACUCCAGCCAAGAAGUUCAGUUUUUCUCUCAUGUAAUAAAUAUUAGAGCAGUUUUACAUGUUUUAUUUUACUGAGCCUUUUGACUGGUGUGUAGCAGCUCAUGGACAGCUUUUUUUAUGUAAAUGUUUGCUUAUAUUCAAACAUAUAUUUGUACAAAUGUAAAUGCUUGGACUUGCUCUAUGCCCCAGCCAAUGUGGGGUUAUUUUUUUCUUCUUUUGUUUGUUGGUUUUUGUUUGUUUGUUUGAAAGUUUGUAAUGCUCUAACCCUUCUUACGUAACAUUUAACAGCAGUUUAGAUUGAAUAUAUUUUGCUGUGACUGGACAAUCAUGUCUUGGGUGUAGAUGAACAGCUGAUGGACAUGGAUUGAAAACUGCAGAAACGUAUACAGAAGAUAGCUGUAUUUAAAAGGAAGAAAAAAAGUUUAGUCGUGUAACUAUUAAGAUGAUAUUUUCUGGAAAUUUUAGAGUUCAUUUAUAGAAUCUGAUAUUCAGAUGGAAAAGUGGGAAUUAGGUUUCCAAAAAAAAAAAAUUGCCUUUGUUUAUAGAAAUAUGGGCUUCUUUUGCAAACUCAAGACACUGUUAGAAGGAAAUACAAUUAUCAUACAGUUCAAUUUUAUUAGAGGGAAUUGCUUUUGAUGUACAGCCUAAGAAAUACCCAGACGUUUCAGAACGUACACAACCAGGUCUGUUGAACGUCCAGUUUCUCAAAAGUGCUUUAAGGAGAAAAUGUGUGUGCAUAGGUAUGUUUGUAUCGUGGUCUCUGGAUACAUGAGAUUUCAGAGACUACUAUGAAAUCAAUUUUAUUUCAGAGACUACUAAGUGUAGGAUAUUUGUUACACAAACGGGUGUAAACCUGAAAAUUAAGGACUGUGUAAAUGAGUUUAAAAAAAGAGAGCGAGACACUGUAUAGUUUCAUUCCUGUACUACACAAGUCUAUUAGAUCCUUUUUAUAAAUUUAAUGUUGCCUUAGAAAGCUUCAUUCCCUAUUUAAAGAAAUUUUUGUCUAAUUAAAUGGAACUGCAUCUGUAGAUUUGCUUUAUCUUUUGUCUAACUUGUAUUAUGAAAUGCCAACUUUAUGUGCACUGACCAAAUUCAGGGUUUUACUUUACUGCUUAAAUUUAGUAUUAUUUUCGUUCAAUGUUAUUGGCUGACUUGUCAGAAUUCGGAUGAGAAAAUCCCUAUUUUUAUCUUUCCUAGAUAAAUCCUACACCUAAAAUCCGUGACUCUGAAAGCUAAAUAUGAAAGGUAAUUAUUUGUAUAAGUAUGGCGGUGUUAAAACACAAGAGCUUGCUACUUUUUCUACAGUCAGUCCAUCUUUCCCAAACUGACAAUAAAGCAUUCAAACGAC